AUGAACCUCUUUGUUACGCGGAGGGGUUAUACUGCUCUUUCCUGGUCCGCACUAAGGCAGGUAAGAGAUGAACUAUUUGAAGUUGACUACAACGAGUGUAUUAAGGGAAUCCUCCACAACUAUAUACUUGUUGCUUUGUCGAGUGCCAUCCCGACUAUCCCUUACAUCCCUGGGAUGUCAAUGAUGUUCGUGAUGGCUGCCAUCCCUAGGCGCCCUGCCAUCCCUCGGAUGGUUGGUCUUGGCGGGAUGUCAGUCACGUGA